ACUCCUCUGUCAUUUGCUGCUGCUCCCAUCUGCUCGGUGGCACUGCCUGCUCAGUCCUCACUGCAGAGGGAUCUCCAGACGCUUUCCCCUGAUCCCUUUCAUUUUCUUGAGCAAGUGCCUUUCCAACCGAAGCUUCAUUUGGGAGGCUUCAUGUUGGCAUCCAGAGUACAUGUCCCAGAUAUGUCCAGCCCCACCUUCUGAUCCUAGUGCAGAGGAGCUGCCGACAGAUGACAGUAGCUAUCCUCCUUCAAUACUGAGGAAAAGGCCACCUGUGGACCAAGCUGUGGGGGAAAAGCGGAAAGCAGAGAGAAGGGUUCGAUUUCGUGAGCCAGAAGAAGUCAUUGAACAUGCCAUUUCCUGCUGUGACUACGUAGUGGUAGAUGACAGGUCAUCAUCUGGAUUGCCUGUGCUCCUGUGGCUCUCAUUUUGUGCAGUGCUGAUCCUCGCUGUGAGUCUCUACUACACCAGCAUGAAGCAAGAUGUCAAGGUCCUGGAGGAAUUUCAAUCUCGACUUGUUAUUUUCUUUCUUCAGAUAAGACACGUUGCUCAGAAAUGCUGGACUUGGUUUAUGAGGCAGUAGCAAUGUCCUCCAGCCUGACGGACAUCUCAGAGCACUGCUGACCAGCGCGUGAUAGCGCAAAGCUCCCAGUCUACUCCAGCCACGUGCAGGGAACACGUAAGCAUCCACCUCAAAGAGCAAGAAAACCAUCCCUGUUGUGCACUGUCCAGCAGCCACCUGUUCUCCUUUCUUUUUUCUUCUUUAUUUUUUUCACAUGAGGGGGUGGUAGUAGUAGCACCUGGAGGUCUGUCGUGGUUUAACCCCAUCUGGCAACUAAGCACUACGCAGCCACUCACUCUCUCCCCCCGGUGGGAUGGGGGAGAGAAUUGGAAGAGUAAAAGUAAGAAAACUCGUGGGUUGAGAUAAAGACAGUUUAACAGGUAAACAAAAGCCAUGCAUGCAAGCAAAGUAAAGCAAGGAAUUCAUUCAGUAUUUCCCAUCGGCAGGCAGGGGUUCGGCCAUCUCCAGGAAAGCAGGGUUCCAUCACACAUAAUGGUUACUUGGGAAGACAAACACCAUCACUCCAAACUUCCCCCCCUUCCUUCUGCUUCUCCCAGCUUUAUAUGCUGAGCACGAUGUCAUAUGGUAUGGAAUAUCCCUUUGGUCAGCUGGGGUCAGCUGUCCCAGCUCUGUCCCCUCCCAACUUCUUGUGCACCCCCAGCCUACUCGCUGGUGGGGUGGUGUGAGAAGCAGAAGAGGCCUUGACUCUGUAUAAGCACUGCCCAGCAAUAGUGAAAACACCCCUGUAUUAUCAACACUGUUUCCAGUACAAAUCCAGAACAUAGCCCCAUACUAGCUACUAUAAAGAAAAUUAACUCUAUUCCAGCCAAAACCAGCACAAGGUCCCACCAAACUCAUGCUCCAUCAUCCUGAACAGCAAACAAAAUCUGAAUUUUGCCCUGAAAGGGCUCAUAAACCGCUGAUAAGAGGAGCAGAAGUAGAGACAGAAAUACAUUGACCUGUGCAGGCAGCAGCAAGCUCUGAAUAAAAGUUUCCUGAGUCUCAAGUCAAGGCUUUAAAUACCAAACCAUCUUUCUCCUCAAGUCUACUAAGAGCUAUUCUGCAAAAAUUAAAAUAAAGCUGAGCUAUUGCACAAACACUGCUCUGGUGGCCAAAGGCUUGGCAAGCUGCUAUAUUUAUACACCUGAAAUGAUUAUUAGUAAAAUCCUGGCAAACAGCGUUCUUGUUUCCCUUUAUGCAUUUUUUUCCUCCAUGGGCAAAAGCUGUUUCUUAAUGUUUCACUUGACUUGCAGGUGUGAAAAAGAACAUGAAAACUCAUUUAAGCAGUAAAUAGUUUAUUUGCCUAACAUAAUAAAUAGCAGCAUUGAAACCCAGGCUAAUUAUCAAAUCAGUAGUUUAAUCCUCUGGGUUUGAUUCAGUCCAUAAACCCCACAAGCUGAGCUUAUAAGAUUUAUGAUUGUGCUUCUAUUCAGUCAGCGGUUAUGCUUUUAUGCCUGAGUGUUCAAGGCCUUAUAUAAUGGUAAUAUGGACUGUUUAUGAAGGCAUGGGAGGCAAAACCCCUUUAUCCCUCCAUUGUCCCACCAUAAUAUGCACUUCUCUGAAAGGAAUCCUUUUAAUGGAGAUCAUGCAAUAAAUGUGGAACGCUGCUCUGGGUGUCCGAGAGGAGAACAAUUGAGUGCAAGCUUAUGAGCUUCAGCUAUGUUUUCUUCCUAGACAAAACCAGCAAAACCAGCUUUUUAGGUCUUAGAUUCUUGUCAAGUAGCACCUGAUGUGUGCUUGGGUUUAUUUGGUAUGAUAAGACUGACAUCAGCACCUGUAAGAGCUGAAGGAAAAAGAAAAGAAAAAAAAAAGAGAAAGAAAACACUGCAAAGAAGAUGGAAGAGUUGCCUGCAAGACCUUGGCUCGAAUUCCACUGCCAUUGUACCCACAAAAAAGAAAAAAUGGUGCUUUGUUUUUAAUUGAUUUUUUUUUAAAAAAGAGGGCCAUACCUCUCUGGCCCAACAACCUUCUUCCAAGCAGCCCAAGGACGUUAACCAGGCAGAGGAUAAAUAGAAACACAUUAUGCAGCCUUCUCUCAAGAGGAGAGUGGACAGCAACUUGACCUGAGAAUGAGUCAAAAAAAUUUCAGUCCAAGACAGAAAGAAGUGACUUCGGUGGCUAUUCUUAUGCUCCUCCUAAGAUGUCAAAGGCCACAGCAGUUGCAUUCAACACGCUGCCGGUCUGGGAAGCAGAGGUUGCUGCCGGAGGAGUGUUUAGCUCAGGGGCUCUUUGUGCAAACCGCUCGGGUACCCCAGAUCAGAGGGUAAGUUUCUCUGCUGCUUCCCUUCCCUCUCCCCUGCCUCAACCCUGCUGUUUAGGUAAUAAAGAAGGUUUUAAACUUG